GGCAGCACCACAAUGUGGCAGCUCCAUUUGAGACUUAUUUUUUUUUUUGUUUGGUAUGUUUUCUUUCUUGGAUACCUGGAUGUGUGAAUAAAACAAAAAAAGUUUAAAUAAUGGAAAGGGAGCAGGAUAAUAUUAUUUGUAAUCGUGAAGAUUUUCAAGGCUCCAGGACUGCAGGUCCUACUAUAGGAGGAAACGUCUCAAUUACACCUGAAGUUUCAGAAGAUGAUAACGUGGAUGCAACAAUAACAUGCAACUGGCCAACCUCCCAAAUUCCAAGUGACGAUGAUGAGAAAGCUAAAAGGUCUAGUGACUGGUCGACCUUGACUCAAUGGAUUCAAUUUAUGUGCGUUGUUACGUUCGAUCUAAAUUUGGGACAGGCGUUAGAGUUUAUAUAUCCCAAAGCAGAAAUACCAACAGAACAGGAAUUAACCAAUAUUUGUUAUAUGGCAUUUCCCGACUCGAAUUCAGGAUGCAUGGGUGAUACGAAAUUUCAUAUGCGUCUAAGGAUGUCACCGGAUACGUCACGGAUAAUUAAAGCUCAACAGUUUCGAUGUUACAAUAGCGACUGUCCUCCGGCCCUGAAAGCUGAUCAAUCCCAUUAUUGGGGGUUUGUUUACUUUCGGCAGCGAAGAGACGCUAAUCUGCCUCGAGGCUACUUCCAAAAAAGUUUUAUUAUCGUAACCAGAUUACCUUAUUUUAAUUUGUUCUACGAAAUGCUGACGCACCUGGCUCAGAAAUAUUUUGACGAAGGGGAAGAUGUCUUGAUAAGGGCUUGCCAUCAAAUCAAUAACGAAUGGCCCAAACUUCAAGUGGGUGGCUCGUUUAACCUGCCUCUUUUUGAACAAUGUUAUCAAAUACUCGUGCCAAGGGCAAGCAGUAGAAAAUGCGGUCAACAAAAUGAUGGGUCAGAAAAUAAAACCUUGGGAAAGGAGGUUCGACCCGUUUCAGUGAAGGUGAUUGCAUCUGUAAAUGAAGUGGAAUUGUUCCAUAGUCUAAGUUUUAUUGUUGACCAUAUGUACACGUUGUGGGAACUUGUGUUGACAGCAGAACCACUUGUAGUUGUGGGCACAUCCCCAGCAGACUGCUCACAUAUGGUUCAGACGUUAGUGCAGCUCAUUGCACCACUAGCUUAUUGUGCUGAAGCCAGGCCAUACUUCACCAUACACGACAGUGAAUUCAAGGAGUUCACGCGAGAAUGUGGAAAAAUUCCACCACCGCUUAUACUGGGCGUCACAAAUCCGUUUUUUAUAAAACUUUUAAAAGAUUGGCCUCAUAUGCUGCGUUUGGUAGAUAAUCAGCUCAACAUGCAACGCCAACAACAUCUAUCAAUAAAAAAUAUUCGCAAUGCGAGUUCAGUUACAUCAUUAAAUAGUAGCAAUGUGUUAAAGUCGAAUAAUGGAAAUACGUCAUUGAAUGGUAACAACAGCGAAGGCUCGGCCCCCGGUCUGUAUACAAAAUACAAACCGUUUUUAAAGAAGGACAAAUCGCUAAUCAAAAAAGUCUUACUCGGUCUAAAAACCAAAAGACCGGAGCAUGUACAAACAGCUUUGCUUCGAAGGCAUCUUUUAGAGUUGACACAAAGCUUUAUGAUACCCCUUGAACGUUACAUGGCAUCGUUGAUGCCGUUACAAAAAGACAUAAGCCCAUUUAAGUCGGCGCCAAAUGCCAAUGCAUUUAAACUCGACGAUUUUCUUGCAACAUUAGAAUUGUCAGGACCCCAUUUAACAUCACCCUUGAAGGGCGACUGGAAAGGUCUUUAUCGACGUUUUUAUAAUUCACCCAAUUUUCGUGGUUGGUAUGAAUCGCGUCAUCGCGAAUUGCAGCUAACUCUUCAAGAUCUCCAAUUACAAGCGCUUUCUGAGGCUAAUCUAGAGCAAUGGGCUCAAGAUAAACAAGAAGUUGAAAUUAUUGACAUGAUAUUAAAACUAAAACAGAAACUGAAUCUCUACAAUGACAAACUGACGAAUGAACCUAGUUCCUGGAGCGGUAAUAAUGGCAACACAGCAAUCGCCACGCGUGACCAAAUCCGUGCUCAGAUAAACUGCAUGAAGGAUUUACUUCCAAACGACCUUAAGAACGUUGUCAAUAUAUGAUAAAUAUACAAAGAGAUCGAAUUAUUAGUUUAGAUUGUAUAGUUCCAUUGAAAUUAUUUAACAUUUAUGCAUUAUCUGCAUUAGUGUAUUUUGAUUUUUUUUUUUUUUUUUUUGUAAUUUAUAUAAAUAUAUGUUAUAGCAUGCCUUUUAUUUGAUUUUUUAUUACAUUUAAUUCAUAAGAUCGUCAUUGCAAAAAUAGAUAAAUGUGAAAAUAUUAAAUGUAAGUUGUAAUCUAGGUAAUAUUUGGAAAAUUUACUAAUACUAAACGGUAAUAUUUUAAGAAAUAUGAAAUAAACAA